AUGGAAACCAAACUUCAAGCUCCUCGGUUGGAAUGUCUAAAGGCUCAACUGGGGUUUGGGAGUGUUUUUGUAGUAGACUGUGUUGGACGAAGUGGGGGUUUGGGUUUGUUGUGCAGUUUGGAAAUUGAUGUGACGAUCCAAAAUUAUAGCCGCCGACAUAUUAACGCGGUUGUAAGAGUCGGGACACUUGGCCAGCCCUGGAAAUUUACGGGGUUCUAUGGACACCCUGAGAUAACAAAACGUAAGGAAGCUUGGAGUCUUUUACAACAUUUGAAGGAUUUUUCAUCUAGAGCAUGGCUAUGCAUUGGUGAUUUUAAUGAGAUCGUGUCGGGAGAAGAAAAGUCGGGGGAGCGCAAGACUCCAAGAUGGCAGAUGGACGCUUUCAAAGACACUUUGGAGGUGUGUCAACUUAUUGAUCUUGGUUACACAGGUCCCCUUUUUACAUGGAGUAACAAAAGAGAAGAUAGACACUUCACUCAAGAACGACUUGAUCGAGCUUUGAGCAAUUUGGCUUGGACUGAUUUAUUCCCAAAUCAUCUUGUGGAGGUGAUGGCAGCUCGAAGCUCGGAUCAUUCACCAUUAUCUGUGACUAUUUUACGGGAUGGGGCUCUCCGUGAUAGGAGUAAUCGGAGAUUCAGCUACGAGGCAAGUUGGGGCAAAAUGAGGGAGAAUAAGGAGGCUAUAAAGCAGGGGGAGGAGGGGAACUUGCGGCAGAAGGAAAUCCAAACUCUCCAAGACGACUUAAAUGAGCUCCUCUUUGAAGAUGAGGUGAAAUGGAAACAGCGUGCAAAAGAGCAUUGA